AAAUUUUUCCAGGGUUCAACUUCCAUUGGUUUUCACCUUCAUCCUUGCUUUUUAAUUUUUCAUUCUUUGUUUUUGCUGUGUUUAAGACAUGGGAACGCAAACUCCUUCUGACAACGAUUAUGCCAGGGGCAACAGUUUUCAAGCUCGAAGUCUCUGCGGCUCUGCCUGUGAUAACUUUGAUUCUCCGUUUGAGGAGAAAUUAGCAAGGCAGAAAGCAAUUGAUGAUUGGUUGCCAAUUACCUCAUCAAGGAAUGCAAAAUGGUGGUAUUCAGCUUUCCACAAUGUCACUGCUAUGGUUGGAGCUGGUGUCCUCAGUCUCCCUUAUGCCAUGUCAGAGCUUGGAUGGGGUCCUGGUGUAGUUAUCCUAAUCCUAUCAUGGAUUAUUACCCUGUAUACCCUAUGGCAAAUGGUUGAGAUGCAUGAGAUGGUUCCAGGAAAACGUUUUGAUAGAUACCAUGAACUGGGUCAAUAUGCCUUUGGUGAAAAGCUUGGUCUCUACAUUGUGGUGCCACAGCAACUUAUUGUUGAAGUUGGUGUCUGCAUAGUUUACAUGGUUACCGGAGGACAAUCAUUGAAGAAGUUCCAUGACACUGUCUGCAGCAAAAACUGCAAAGAGAUAAAACAAACAUAUUUCAUUAUGAUUUUUGCCUCUGUUCACUUUGUGCUGUCUCACCUUCCCAACUUCAACUCCAUUGCUGGUGUCUCCUUGGCAGCUGCAGUCAUGUCCUUGAGUUACUCAACUAUUGCUUGGGGAGCUUCAUUAGCUAAGGGUGUUCAGCCAGAUGUACAAUAUGGCUACAAAGCUAAGACUGCAGCAGGAACAGUUUUCGACUUCUUCAAUGCCUUGGGGGAUGUCGCUUUUGCCUAUGCUGGGCACAAUGUGGUCUUGGAGAUCCAAGCUACAAUCCCAUCUACACCUGAGAAGCCAUCAAAGGGACCCAUGUGGAGAGGUGUUAUAAUUGCCUAUAUAGUUGUGGCCUUGUGCUAUUUCCCUGUUGCUUUAAUUGGGUACUGGAUGUUUGGGAAUGCUGUCCAGGACAACAUCCUCAUUUCAUUGGAGAAACCAAAAUGGCUUAUUGCAAUGGCUAACAUGUUUGUUGUUGUUCAUGUCAUUGGAAGCUACCAGAUCUAUGCAAUGCCAGUGUUUGAUAUGAUGGAAACUGCACUAGUAAAGAAAUUACAUUUUAGGCCCACUAGAAUACUUCGAUUCAUUGUUCGCAAUUUUUAUGUUGCGUUCACAAUGUUCGUUGGCAUUACCUUCCCUUUCUUCGGUGGUCUUCUUGGAUUUUUCGGAGGAUUUGCUUUUGCACCAACAACAUAUUUUCUCCCUUGCAUCAUGUGGCUUGCCAUCUACAAACCAAGAAAGUUCAGCUUAUCUUGGUGGACUAACUGGAUCUGCAUUGUAUUAGGCGUUUUCUUGAUGGUCCUAUCACCCAUUGGAGGGUUGAGGAAAAUCAUCCUUCAAGCCAAGACUUAUCAAUUUUACUCUUGAAAUUGUUGUCUUCCUGGGGUACCACAGUAAGCAUAGUUGGAACAAAUGAAGAACAUGAUAGUUAAGGCGGUCCGAUGGGGGCUCAAUGCCAUUGUCAAUAAUCAAUGUUGACAGCCUUUAUCAUUGGAUAAUUGAAGCUGCAAUCUACUGGUUUCUAUAGUACUGAUUCAUUGUUUCUGUGAACAAGGGAACUUCAGCUGUUGACACCAGAUCACAAGAGCAAUAUUGGCCAUCAGUCCAUCACUGUUUCUUCAUUUAUUAUUAGUGUUAAUGCAUGCAUAUAACAUACAACCUUUUCUGUUUGUUUUGAUGUUGGUGAAAAAGAACUACAGUUGUGAAAUGGUUGCCAUUUAAUGUGUAUUUGCUUGCCACUACAGUCAUAUAAUUCUUAUCGGAUCUUGCCAAAGGCUUUAAAUAAUUAA